AUGAAAAGAAAACUGAAGCCACUUAAAGAAAAAGGAAAACAUCUAACAAUACCAAGACUUGAACUACUAGCAUUAUUAAUCGGAGUUCGUUUAACGAACUUCGUUUUCAAAGAAAUAUCGUUGAACAUCGGAAAUAUAAGAAUAUACAGUGAUUCUCAAAUUGCACUACAUUGGCUGCAAUCCCAAUCCAAGAACGGUACCUUUGUCGAUAACAGAUUCAAAGAAAUAAGAGAAAAAAUGGACAGCUGGAAAGACAGCGGAAUUUCAGUGCCUUUACAUCACAUCCCUUCAGAAUUAAACCCGGCGGAUUAUGCCACUAGAGGCCUAACAAAAGAUCAAUUGAGGGAACAUGUAUGGUGGAAUGGACCUGCGUUCCUUACCCUUCCCUAUUCGAAAUGGCCGAAAUUGCCAGAGUUCAAAUGGUCUAAAAACGACAUGACCGAAGAAGACAAAGAGGCAAAUCCUGUUACAGAAAGAGUGCAUCUGGCAUACUCAAAAUCGCCAGUGGCACCUGUCAGAAAAUGUGUCUUUUUCGAGCAGCAGUACGCCUCAUUCAAUCAAUGUCGUAUACUGGGUGUCGGUGAGCGGGAAAAUCUUACCCGAGCAGUGCCCUGUGUGUCCCUUGAUCUCGGUGGGGGUGAUCGAUUCCAUGAUUCAUCCUUUUUGGGGGGCUGGUUGGUAUCCAGACGGUGGGUGAAUUUGGAAGGGCUGCUGCUUGUUGUUCGAUUAAAUCUUCUAUUUCCAAAUUUCCUAUAA